AUGCUAUCAAAAAUCAUUGCAGUAUUGAAGGACUUACCCGGAGAAUUAGUACAUCAUAUUCUGGGACACAUAGCAACUCCCAAGGAGGGCUAUGCGCUAGCGCCCUGUGCCACCGUCAGCGACAAAUGGCAACAAGUGGUCGAAUCGUUGUCGUUCACAGAGGUGACCAUUCAUCUGACGAAUGCCAGCAUCCUGUCCGGCGAAACCACCCCUCAAACGCUAGCCAACAUCAUUUCGGGCACUCGGCUACGGUCCUUAAGAAAGCUUCGCCUCAUCAUCGAUUUCGAUCCCUUGAGCUUCACCUCUGUAACUGAUUCACUGCAACGUCGAAUGAAGCUGGGCAGCGAUUUCGUUGAUGUGGUUGACGGUUUUGUUGAUACCAUGAACAGUUGGAAGCGCGAAGCAUUGUUCGACCUCGAGAUCCAUGAAGAACAGUCGUGUGGUCACCACCUCAAUCACUUCGGAAGUGAUUUUGUUCAUGGGCCCCGACGAUCCAUCCAAUGCGUCCGUUCCAUCCGGCUCAUGGAGUACAACUGUGACAGAUGCCGCUGUUGUUCUUACCGUGGACUCUUGUCGUAUCUCUGCACCGCCAUGUCGGGCUCAGGCAGUUUGGAUGGAAUAACAUACGAGUACCAAGAGCGGGUCCCACGUAACCGCGCAAUACACUACGAGCGCUGGGACUUUCUGCCAUUGGGGUUGAAAUCUCUCACCAUUAUCAACAAUGAGCAGUCAGGCGAUGAGCGUGAAAUCGUGCUUGCGCAUUCGGCUCUCAACAGAUCUCUGAUGAAUAUUAGCUGCCAGCUGAAGACCCUUCGCGUAUCACAUUCCUUGGACGUGGUCUCUCUAUUUCUUUCAUGCGCCAUAUCAACUGGACUUAAUGCAAGGUGGCAUCAUCUCCAACAUAUUUCCAUGACAUGCGCAGCUCUGGGGUUGAAUGGGGAAAUUCUGGAAAUGGAAAUGACCUUGCUGGCCAAAGCCGUUCAGCAAAUGCCUAGCAUAAAGAAAAUAGAGCUGUGGUCUGCCAAAACUAAGGACCAGAGCUACUUCAGCUACACUGUCGACGGGAGGGAUGCACGUGCUGUAUGGGAGAUGAGCUGGGAUUUUCGGGUGUCUGAAGCUCUCGCUGAUGCGUGGAGCCUUACAGCCAGACAAGACACAUGGCGUGACUUAACAAUAGAGGUCCGCAGGUUUGUGCCUGAUGAUGGGGGAGAACGUGAGCCUUUAGCUGCCAGUGCCUUUUCAGGGGAACGUCUUUAUUCUGCUGACGACUGCCGAAAACCGAGAUUUGGCAUACCUUAUAGCAACCAAUUUGAGUAUUCGUAUGAGUACGAGGUAUGGGGUUGA